AUCAGUGUUUAGUCCCUCCUUCCCUGCCAGAAUUUCAAAUGAUUCGAAAUCGAACCUUUGAUAAAUGUGCUUCUAAGUGUUUAACAUUGUUCUUUCCAUUUUAAUACAGUAUUUUUUUAUCUUUGUAUGACAUGAGUUUUAUAAAAUAGAAUAUGAAGUAAUGUUUCUUUGUUUUUCCCUUUAUUUAUAGUAAGACCCUUUUUUGCAUACAAAUAUUCAUAUAUUUUGAUCAGAAAUAUUAUUUUUAACAGCUUAUCUUGAUAUAUAUACAGAAUGUGGCCUUUAACAUAUAUGCAAGUUUCCAAGUACAAUUUAAAACUUUUGUCAUUAUAUUAUCUUUCAUGCAGCAAUUAAAUGUCCCAGAAGGACACUGUACAUUUUACAUUAAACUGUAUGGGGAGCAAUUUAAAUAUUUCUCUCUCUUGAGAUAAAGCUUCCAGUGCUACCCAAGAGUGUAUAAGACAAUACCUCUAAUGCUCCUCACUACAAAUAUAUUUUUGGCAACCACUAAUAGCACUUUGACAUUUCCUGGCUCAAAUAAUGUGUAUGAAGGCACUCAAGCUAUAUAUGUUUUGUCAUGUAUACUGUAAUUUUCAGUUUCACAUUUUUGCAUAUAGUUGAUUUAUUUGGUGAACUACAAUUUGUAAGUAAUAUAAUUGGCUAAAGAUGCCAUCUAAUAACCUGACUGAAUUUAUUCUUCUUGGGCUUCCAUGCAGUCCCAGGAUACAAACAUUUAUCUAUGCUGUGUUUCAAUGUGUUUACAUUAUGUCGCUUUUUGGUAACCUAAUUAUUAUAGCCACUACCUGCACAUCCCACCAGCUCCAAACACCAAUGUAUUUUUUACUCACAAGUUUGGCUUUCUUGGACAUCUUUUUUAUUUCUUCCACUGUCCCAAAACUUCUAAGUAUUCUGCUGAGUGGAAAUCAAGUUAUAUCCCUAUCAGGCUGCCUUAUACAGUUCUAUGUGUAUAUUUCUCUUGGUGGCACUGAGUUCUUUUUGUUGGCUGCCAUGUCUCUUGAUCGCUACCUUGCCAUCUGUCAUCCUUUAAGGUACAGCGCCAUCAUGACCAGAAGCCACUGCCGGAAACUCACUAUUGGCUCGUGGGUAUUUGGGUUCUUAGAAGGCAUUCCAUUUGUUUUUCUGAUUUCUCAAUUACAAUUUUGCGGCAGAACUUUAGUCAUUAACCACUAUUUCUGUGAUGCCUCUGCUCUCCUUCAUUUGUCCUGCUCAGAAACAUGGGUAGCUAGGAAUAUCAUUUUUGGUUUUGCAUCCUUUACCAUUCUAAGUUCAUUCACUGCCACUGUAUCCUCUUACUUUUUUAUCCUCUUAUCUAUCUAUGGUAUUUCAUCAGCAGGUGGCAGAAGAAAAAUGUUCUCAACUUGCUCCUCACAUUUUAUAGUUGUUUCUAUUAGUUAUGGCAGCUGCAUUUUUCUCUAUGUCAGGUCUGGUGCUUUUCAGCCUUCCAGUACAGAGAUGGCUGUGUCUGUCUUUAAUAGUAUUUUCAUUCCAUUUCUUAAUCCAUAUAUUUAUACUUUGAGGAACCAAAUUAUAAAGAAUAUUCUAAAGGGGUUAUGGAAGAUGAAUGUACAGUUCUGUGGCCACAUCACACAACAUUAUGAAAACAAAUACUUUGGUGAAUGAUGCAGAUUUUCAAAGCAAACAAAUAAUAAUUAUAAUAAUUCCAGUUGGCACCAAUCUUAAGAUUAAUUUAGUUAUAAGUGCAAAAAUGUCUGCAUUGCUGUAUUUUAUGUUUGUAGUAUUACAGCACUCUAUGGAAAUCAAUUAGCAUACAUACGAUUUUUUUUGGCACAACAUUUCUCUUUUGUAGCCAUAAAUACAAGUCUAUUAAUAUACUCACAUAUAUAAUGAUAUAUACCAAUAUCUUGAUGUUUAGAUCACUAUAGCCUUGGAUAUUAUGCUUGUUCAUGAAAACAUCCAAGCCACUCUUAAAGGCAUUAAUGGAAUCAGCCAUCGCAACAUCAUCCUCACUGCCCUCACCAUGAAGAGCCACAUACACUGCUUCAAAUAACAGUUCAAUUCCUGCAUAGUGAUGAGCGAAUCUGUUGCCAAGACAAAAAAGUCGCAGAGACAAAAAACAUUGCCACAAGAAAAAAUGGCCCUUGGCUUUAAUGCAUUUGAAAUGAGAAAAAAUUGCUGCACGUGUAAAUAAAUUUUCACACGUAAAAUUGUUUUACAUAUAUUGACUUCAAUGUAUUUCACUGUUUCGCUUAGUCAAACAAUUUGCAAAAUGGCGUUCAACUUUAAAAGUUAAUAGGCUCCUGAAAAUCCAGCAUCGUCAUUUAAUUGUGCUUCUCCCUCACAUUAUACAUCACUUAUAGGAUGACUUGUAUUGUCUACAUUUUUGUCACUACUAAUAGUUGCAAUAUUAACAACUUCAAUAUUUCGGCUUGUAGAGACACUCAAUAAAUUCGGCGGCAUCAAAAAAAUUUCAGCGACACGUCCGUCAGCAGUUCUGAUGACGGCAACAAUUAAACAAACGCCCAUUUAAUGUGCAUCAAAUCGUUGUAACUGUCGCUACCAUCAAUUUUACCGCUGGCGAAUUGUUGCCGGCGUCAAAAUCCACGUUUCGUGGGAAAAAUUCACCCAUACUGAAUCAUGAUGUCUAGCUGUUGGAACAUCAUAAAGUGGUGGUGUUGUUGGCUUAUUGCCAACAUAUAUGUUGGGUAUUGUUGCACCAUUAACACUACAUGAGUGUGUUGUUGGCCAGCUAGGAUAAGAUAGUUGGUGCCUGACAACAUGAUCCUCUCUUACAUUUUCAGGAUGAUGGACAAUUGUUUUUUCUGUUGAAUUAGGAGUGUCACUUGAAACAGCAUCUGUUAUUUUGUUACAACACCCAUUGAUUUUAAUGCAUUUGGAUAAAAAAGUUGCUGAGACAAAA